ACUUUGAACACGAGCUCACUCCGUCAGUGAGCGGCGGACCGUCUGUGCGUCAGCUCUCCAGCGGAACUAUCCCGUGCUUCAACAGGAGCUCAUCAUGUCUCACUAACGGUUUAAUUCGGCUGUUUGGUGACACGAGAGGCACAUUUUAAUACACCUUUGGAGAAAUGGAGGCUGUGAGCAAGUGGAGCCCUCAACAAGUGGUGGACUGGAUGAGAGGUCUGGACGACAGCCUGCAGCAGUACAUCCCGUCCUUCCAGCAGCAGCAGGUGGACGGGGAGAAGCUGCUCAGGAUGACCCACCAGGAGCUGCUGUCUCUGGGCGUGUCGCGGGUCGGACACCAGGAGCUCGUGCUGGAGGCCGUGGAUCUCCUCUGCGCUCUGAACUACGGUGUGGAGUCGGACAACCUGAAGACUCUGGUGGGGAAGAUGAGAGCGGCGCACCACAGCCUGAACAGCGCCGUGUCGCAGCGCAGGAAGAACCCAGCCUACCACAGCAAGAUCUCCCAUCAGCCCUCCAACGAAUUCCUGACCGCCGUGGUCGAGCUGAUCGGGGCCGCCAAGAGUCUGCUGGCCUGGCUCGACAGGACUCCUCUGACCAGCGCCAACGACUUCACCUCCACCAAGAGCAAAAUCAUCCAGCUGUGCCUGGAGCUCACCUCCACCGUCCAGAAGGACUGCACUGUUUAUGAGAUCGAGGAGAAGAUUCUGGAAGUGUCCCGAGCUCUGAACGGCGUCUGCGAGAAGACCGUGCAGGCGACCUCUGACCCCUCAAAGAGCGAGCUGUCCUGUCUGGAGGAGGUGCACAUCACUAACGUCAAGCCUGGCGAGGGACUGGGUAUUUACAUCAAAUCCACCUACGACGGGCUUCACGUCAUCACAGGGACAACAGAGAAUUCUCCUGCAGAUAAAACCCAGAGGAUUCAUGCUGGAGACGAAGUCGUUCAGGUCAACAAGCAGACGGUGGUGGGCUGGCAGUUGAAACAGCUGGUGGAGAAGCUGAGGGCGGAGUCUGGGGGCGUCGUCCUGGUGGUGAAGAAGAGGCCGGCGGGAAUAUCCGCCGGCUUCGCAGCCGCUCCGCUGAAGAACCUGCGCUGGAGACCGCCGCGAGUGCAGACCUCUCAGGGAGCUCCGGGUCUCUACAGAACUCCACAACCAGAAACCUCAGAUGCUCCCGGAAAGAGAGGGAAGACAACCAUAUUGGAUCUGCACGUCCCUCCUCCUCCCACAGCACCUUACGUACCACUAGACGCGAACAAGAACGCGUCUCAAGGUGUGAAAAUGAGGCCGAAGUCUCCAAACUCGUGUCUGGACGCUGAAACAAGGCGACGCCUCUCCACUGCCGACGACAAAAGGGCAUCAGUCAACCCCCUGCCUGAACCCAACCCGUCAGUCCCUGUUCGCAUGAGACAGCACUCCUCGAAACGAUGUAAACCUCGACCCGUCUCCAUGCCAGCGGAGGCGUUUUCGGGAGUUUCCGAGCCGUCCUCCAGGCCCGGAGCCAAGGGAAGGAAAGGUCAGAACGUCCUGCACAGAUACCUGAGCAACGAGGGGAUCAACACCAUCACGGAGGAGGAGCCGUGUUAUCCCCUGCCGUACCGAGGACACCCGUCUGUCCGCGGCGUCGACCACAUCCGAGGCAGCCAGUGCUUCAUUAACGCCGACCUCCACAACAGCGCCACCAUCCCUUACCAGGAGGCGGCGUCCAAGAAGCCCGCCGCCUCCGGCUCUGCCGCUGUCCCUCCUCCCCUGCCCGUCACCAAACAGUCGACGUCGCUGCUCGGAGGCUGGCUGGCUCGUCUCAGGCUGCUCAGCCACUGACUGAAGCGAAUUCUUCUCAGCCUGAACCUCAAGGUGUUGGCAGGAAAAAAAAGUUUUAUGAUGUCUGUUCGAGGCCUUCAGCAGCUGUGACUUAAAAUACAACAGUUCAUGGAAAACAAACUUCUAUCGUGGAAAUGUUAAAGGGUUACUUGUUUUUCUACACUGACUGGACAGUUUUUCAGGAUUUUCCAUGUCACUUAUCACCAAGAACGUUUUACUAAAGAGUUUGUGUUCACACCGAUCAGUUUGAUUAUACAGUUGAACAAUAAAUACAAGAAAGUCGGAAAAUAACUCAUUUGAAACCCCAGCUGGACUUUUAUCUGAUUGGCCAAUGGGGCCACCCAGCUCAGUAUGUAGAGAUGGACAACAAGGCAGCUCCUUGAAGUGAAGCCAAAACAUGUUGAUCGCCCCGUGGUGGCAGGCUGAAGUGUAGGUCAUAAAGCCCACCGCCUCCAAGUUUGCAUCAUAUGUCCACAUAGUGUUCUUUCUUUGGGCAGAAAAGAGCUGGUGUUGCUCUCAGGUGUGCUUAGAUGAAGCGUCUGAGAGAAAAACGCUGCACGUGCGUUUGUUUUUGCACAGUGGGAGAAAGUGUCCAUCUUUAUAUUCAGUCCUGCGACGUCACUGCUGUCUGAGGUCACCAGCGCAACAAAGUACAACCAACCACAUCCGUCAGUCACGCUGGUUUCUGAUCUUACCCAGGCUACAACUUUUGAGUAGCACUAGCAGCUCUACAGCCACUUCAGUCCAGACUGACGUAUCUCAGAAAACACCGGAUGGAUGUUCAUGAUCCCCAGAGGAUGAAUACUAUAGACUUUGAUGAUCCACUAUUCCUAUCACGCCACUGAGGUUGAAAUGUGUAGAUUUUUUUGUUUUUUUUUUCUGACCGCCACAUUGAGACUCCAACCAAGAAAGAAAAACACAUCUGAACCAUACCUCUCUUUUAGCCUAAAGGUACAGUGUGUGAUAUGAAGUGGCAUCUAGCGGAACAGACUCGGCAGAAAUAUAAUGUAAAAAGUUGGAAAUUGGGGGAAAAAAAAAAAGUCAUCUUCUGUCCGUGAGGGCCACCGGAGCUUCUCCAACAUCUUCAGAGAGGGAGAGGUGAGCGAGAGCGUGUUGGAAUCUAGAACCUCACCACUAGAUGCCGCUAAAUCCUCGAUAUCUUGCACACCGUACCUUUUUAAAGAUAUUCAAGAAGUGUAUUUAGCUGCUGAAACCUCAAUGUCUUGUUUUGACUUUUCAUAGAAAAUUUGGACACUUACUUUUUCACUACAGCCAAUUAAAAAUGUAGUUAUAUUAAUCACAUCAGAAUCAGAAAACUAUUGAAAAGCAACUGUAGUCCUGAAUAUGAAAUAGUUUCUAAUGAAAAAACUAGGAAUCAGUUAACGCAGCCAGUUUUUAAAUGGAAACUUCUUUGUUUUGGGCUUAAACACUUCGGAAACACCCGAAGAUUUCUGUUCACGGCGGCCUGAAUCUGCUGGAAAUGAAGCUGGUUUUUGUUUUCAGCAGAUGUGAGUUAUUUGCAAUUGUUUUUCAGAGCUAUAGGACAAGAAAGUACCGUUAGAGAUUUUAAAAUCUGAGUGAAAUUUUAGAGGCCGAAGGCAUGAACAUUGACGUUUCAGUUCAAAGAGGAACGAGUCAAACCUUGGAAAGAGUUUCUAAAUAUCAAAGCUGCAAUAUCUCGUCUUUCCUCUCAGUCUCAGGAGACCAUAGUGCCUCUCUUAUCGCUCCUUUCACUGUCAAUUGUCUGGACAAAACAGUUUGUAAAUAUGUUUUAUAGGUUGUAUUUUAUAACUGCAUAUUUCUUUCAUAUAUCUAAGAAUAGUGUGCUUUUCAGAGUAUAAUGAAUAGUUUAGUGAAUAAAGCUCAACGUUGUUACUAAAUAUUUCUGAGGCUUCACAAAGGUCUUGUUACAACAGUGAUGACAAUAAAAACUUGUUUUAGGAGAAAUAAAUCAACUUUGAGAUAAGCAAAGUGUCAGAGGGAGCAUGAAUAAGACAGUUAUACUCAACACAAAGUUUACCAACAAUUUUCUUUUUAAUGACAUAUACAUUUUAAGAAAGCAGUCGUAAAAUUUUCAUAACAAACUAAACUGAAUGACUUGCUGUAAGAGAAAGUUUGAAUUUGUUCAAAUGGGCAUGAAACCCUCGCAGGAGCUGGUGAGCCUCACAGCUCAAGUUUUGCAAAACAGAAAAUGGUUGGGUUUUUUUUUCUUAUAUUUUGGUUUGAGAGUGAAAUGUCAUUGUUCAAUUCGCAAAAACGCUGCACAGUCCUGAGAUAUUUCCUUGUAAAUCUCAAAAGUACACUUGACUUUAUUGUUAGUUUUCCACUGAUAGCGCGCCGCAGAUCUGCCAGAAGCAGCUUCACGUUUCAGUUGAAACUGACUGAUCCGAAGUACUUCAGGUGUGGCUGUAACAGCUUCAGCGGUUCUUGUUCAGGUUCUUUGAAGAACGCCUGUGUGUUCGAGGUUUCUCCUUGUGCCAUUAUGUAAAAAAAACCAAAAAAAAAACGUUCUGAUGGAGUUCCUCAGGGAAGCGUCAAGGAUCCCCUGAUGUUUACAUUCUAAGAAGCUUCUUGUGUUUCCUCACAGCUCCUUUUCUUUUUACAAAGUAUUUCCUGUUCAUGUUUGGUGCCUUUAUGCUAACAUGGCAUUAUGCUGCAGUAUGAACUAGUCUGUAUUAAAGACUAUGCGAGUGUAAUUAAAACUGUAAAUAUCAGAGAUUACCUUUUAUGUUCUUUACUGGAUGGAAAUGUGGAAAUAUGGAAACAAUUUGAAGAGUUUAGAUUUUUGAUUUAUGAACAUCGCAUUUCUGUUCUGAACGAUGCGGCUGCUGUUCAGUUAAAGCUACAUAGCUACACUUUAUGAUGAAACUGAUCUUUUGUUUCUCGCUCAGGAUGAUCCUGUUUGUAUCUGUUAUGUCCAGUUGAGUAUUUUGUAAGAGUCACUCAGUUUAGCUGGUUUCAUUUGUGUAAUGUGUACAUCUGGAUUAUUGAGGCUCUGCAGUAUCAUGCCUCUGUACUGCUUUGUAACUUGUCAAAAAUCUUAAAAAAUAAAGUGCAAUUUAUUUUGAAA